UGUCUUCUUGUCUGCAUGCUGCUCGUCUGCUGCUGCUGAUGAACAGAAGCUGUCGCUGGGUUUACCGCCGUCACACCGCACUGACUCGGGGCGCAGCCACGGCUCCGGCCGCCACCCCGCUCUCCUGUUACCGGCACAAGGGGAAAACAAGGGACGUACGUGCUCAGCAGGCUUUCUCCAUCACCGAGGAGGGACGCGGCAGCUGCUGCUGCUGCUGCUGCUACUGCAGAGGGGCCUGACUCUUCACUUUAGGCACCAGCUGCAACCUCAGCCACCUCAUCCACUCCUUUCCCCCAACAUCACCACCACCAUCUCCUCUCCUGCUCCUCCCUAUGCCCUUGUCCUCGGCGGCUCCUCUCACCUCCCUGGCCAGUAUAUGGAUAGAAGCUCCCUGUUUCAGCUCAUACAAGAGCAGCUGGACCCAGAGAACACCGGUUUCAUUGCAGUGGAGAACUUCACCAGCUUGGUGGAGGACCAUGAGCUGCAGCUGGACCCGUCCAAACUGGACAUGCUGUUAGCCCUCGUCCAGAGCAAUGAAGACGGACAGGUGUGCUACCAGGAGCUCAUCGAGCUGAUGAGCAGCAAGCGCUCCAGCAGUUUCCGACGAGCCAUCGCCAAUGGCCGCCGCACGCUGCAGAGGGAGAUCCUGCUGGACGAGACGGGACUCGGCCUGUACAAGCGCUUUGUGCGCUACGUGGCCUACGAGAUCCUGCCCUGCGAGACGGACAGACGCUGGUACUUCCACCAGAACCGCCUCUGCCCCCCGCCCGUCUUCAUCGCCAUAGUCACCAUCGUCCAGAUUAUUGUGUUCAUGUGCUACGGCAUCAUGCUAAACAAGUGGGUGCUGCAGACCUAUCAGCCCGACUUCAUGAAGAGCCCUCUGGUCUACCAUCCCGGCCACCGUGCACAAGUGUGGCGCUUCUUCAGCUACAUGUUCAUGCACGUUGGUUUGGAGCAGCUGGGGUUUAACGCGUUACUGCAGCUGAUGAUCGGCGUGCCUUUAGAGAUGGUCCACGGCAUCUUACGAAUAAGUCUGCUUUACAUGGCAGGAGUCCUGGCUGGUUCGCUGACAGUGUCCAUCACAGACAUGCGUGCUCCAGUGGUGGGAGGCUCCGGGGGGGUCUACGCUCUGUGCUCAGCACAUCUGGCCAACGUCGUCAUGAACUGGGCCGGGAUGCGCUGCCCCUACAAGCUGCUCCGCAUGAUUCUGGCACUGGUCUGCAUGAGUUCAGAAGUGGGCCGCGCGGUCUGGCUCCGCUUCUCGCCGCCGCUGCCGUCCUCGGGGCCUCAGCCCAGCUUCAUGGCUCACCUGUCGGGGGCCGUGGUCGGCAUCAGCAUGGGGCUCCUGAUCCUGCGCAGCUACGAGGAGAGUCUGCAGAAGCAGUGCUCCUGGUGGGUCAUUGUCUUCUCCUUCAUCACCUUCCUCCUCUUUGCCAUCUUCUGGAACAUCUUUGCGUACGAGCUCCUGGGAGUACAGAUCCCUCCUCCUCCCUGAUGAUGCUCUCCCCCCUUCUCCCCAAAGCUCUCCUCCACACACACACACACACACACACCUGACUUCUACUCCAAACAAAGGUUCUCUUUUUCAACCGUGCCAUUUCCUCUCAACUUAGACCCAAAUGAGGCGAUGUGACGUCAUUCAAACUAAAAAAAAAAACUCCUUUUUUACAGAUACUUUGCAAAUCAAAGAAAUACGUCUCUUUUAUUAAAGAGGGAUUACAAGUAGCAACAAGUACAGGUGACCGCUCCUCACAUCCAUUUUGGAGGAGCAAUAUCUUUUUUAUAAUUCUAUACAGAAAUCACGUAGAAACCGCGUCCACAUUAUAACGUUCACUCAUUUCAUUUUCAUUCAAUCUCUCGUACAUGGAACGACCUCACGUGUGAACAGUCUGGGUGAUGAAUUUAAGAGGCGAGAGGUUAGGACGCCUUAAACAACUAACACCAUUUCUAAAUUGUGUGUGUGUGUGUGUGUGUGUGGAAUUUAAGGAUUUCUGGAAGAGCACACUCGUUUCCGAUGGCAGCAAUAAACAAAAAAAAACACAGAAGCACCAAUGAAAUAUUUGUGGGUAUGAAUUUUUGAUUUCCUGCUGUAAUUCACAGAGGUGUUUUGUUUUGUGUUGAGUUGUUUCUGGAGGUGAGGGUUUAUUUCCAGAAUUGCUGGCACAAAAAAACUAAACUAACACAACUAGUUUUCUUCGAUUAGAGCUGCAGGGUGUAGAGUUUUCCGGCUGAACGGUCUGAUUUAUUUGCUUUGAUUGCAAACACGUUAUUAAGUUCCUUCCCAGAGCAGAAUGAAGGAAAAUAGCUUUAAAUUAAGUUGUUUUUUGUUUUUUUUGUUUUUUUUUUUUAAUAUAUCCAGACAAAAUACAAUGUGGUUUCUGCCAUCAUCAUCAUCAUCAUCAUCAUCAUGAAGUACCUUAAGGUUAGAGACUGUCAUCUUGACUUACAUUAUUAUACCUGCACUGUGGACACAGAGACAUACUUCACAUGGAUACAUUCUAAUUUAAAGGAGCGACAGUAACGGAAAAAAACGCCACAGACAUUUCCUGGAUCGUCGUCACUGCAGUGAGUCGACGCUUUCUAACUUGCACCGUGUAAAUUAUGCCAUGUCAUUCUCUGUGGCUCAGCGAGACAAGGACACACACGCACACGCACACGCACA